AUGCCGAAGAGCUCACCACUGAAGUCUUUAUCCGUCCGGGAAGGAGCAGAUGGAAAACGCACCCUCCAUGUAAAGUGCAGCGAUAAAACUUACAAAUCAAUCGCAAAUUUUUAUUUCAAGAUCUAUGGUUUAAUCGAAUUUCCGCCGGAGUUUCAAAGAGUAAAUGGUUAUCUUUUGGACGUUAUCAGGAGCUCCGAUGGAGUUAGCAUGUAAGUGGAAUAUAACAUUUUUGAAUUUAGGUUCCUUCUUGAUUUAGCCACCCAUGCAGAAAAGACGAAUCAGACACCUUUUCUCGCGUGUGCAAUUAUCAAGUGUGCUUGCCGCGACGAAAAACCCAGGGACGGGUACUCCCCUAUAAAAGUGACGGAGGUUCUCGUUGUACUUUUUAGGAGAUUAAAUUUGUGGAUUGGCACCGCAGAUCUACUAACAAAAUUUGCAGCGCCAUUUAUAUAAUUUGUUGUUUAAAGGGUUUAGUUUUAUCAUUUGUGUUACGAUUGUCACUUUGAUAUUUUAUCGUGACGUUUCGACCACACACUGCAGGUCUUCAUCACCUGGUAAAGACCUGCAGUGUGCGGUCGAAAAAUUACUAGACGACAAAUAAGGAAACCUAAUUUUUGAAAAUUUAUGGUGUUUUUUUUUUUGUUACCUAUGCGUAAGGAAAUUUAUUGUUUGUGUCCUUUUUCUUCAAUACAUGCAGGCGGUGCUUUGUGACUUGUGAAGAAAUGGGUCAGACUAAGACGCUUAGAAAUGCAAUCAACCGUACAUUUUCUGCCCAGGGCGGAGUGUUUUGGCAAGGGCUGAAAGAUAGCCAACUCAAUGAAUACUGGUUGAAAGUGCUGGAGGAGUACCUGAGCCAGCCACUGGAAAGUCAAAAUAGGAAAACUGCAGCGCUCGCUCUUGGUAGAAACGGCCAGGAAGGUGAAGAGGUGUACAUCUUCUCGGAGAGCAUACAGGUACGAUGACAGAUAAGUCGUGAUUUGCGCAGCUAGCAUUUCCGCUGAAUUUCAUAAUUUGAGAGGGUUUUUAAAUAAGAACUACUUGAUGUCGACGACAGUUCGCUAGACUGAAAUGUCUUGCAAAUAUGUUGACUCGAACUGAGUCCCAUUAUUUGUUAAGGGCUUUCUGGUCGACUCCGUUAGCGUUUUGUAGGUGUUUUACCCGUACAACAUUAAGCCCCUAAACCUUAGAUCAUUUCCAUUUUUUUAGAGGGUAACGCAAUAUAUCGAACCCUGUUUUAAACCAGCGCGUGACAAGUCGGAAGAAUGCUGUGUACUGCAGUCCGGAAGAUUAACUUUGUUUCUUUUUAUUUAGUCUGUGGUAAAUCCGGUCAAUUAAAACCUGCGAGAAAUCCGAAUGGUAUAUUAAGAAUUUCUGUUUUCUGUUUCUCUUUAAAACUUUUAGUUAGACAGACGUGGAUUUGUUGUCCCUGAAAACGAACAGCGCAUAACGUGGAUGGUGCCAUACCUCCAAGGAGUACCUGUGUCCAUUAGCGAAAGGUCGAGGUUGAAACAGUACCUCAAUGCCCUUCCUGUUACCAUUGACCUGCCGCUCGUGCCCUUUGAUUGGUUGGACUUUAUCAGGGAAGUUAAAACGUUUAUGGGGAGGAAUUUCCUCCAAUUCAUUCUGCUAUUGGCCGGGGGAAUGUCAGCGUUUCAUUACCAAACAGUACUCUCCGUAGUUGGUGAGUACAAUAGUUCAACUUUGAAAAGCUAAAAUAUUAAAAGGAACAACGCUUUCAGUAGCCUGUUCAAACUGGGUCUAUUUCCCUUGUAAGUCCGUCGAGCGCGCGUGAUAAAAACAUAUAAACAGCGGGGGAUUUAUUGACCGCCUAUGCAAGAGAGAGGAGUGGGAAAGAACCGCGCUCGUUCUCGCGCUUCGCUGAUGUUUUCAAAAAGAACGAAAAGAACCCUUUCAGUAUUUGAUGUUAAAAUUUGAGAACAAUUAAUCUCAUCUAUGGUGGAAAAUGUCUAUUAUUGGACAAUUGCUUCCUGAGUUGCUUUUACUAUCUUGAGGAGCACUCAGAGCCAAUGAGGCGCCGAAAACUAUCAUUUCAUAAAACAAUGAUAACGCUUGAGUGGGGUGCGUCUUGUGUUUGUGUGUAAAUGGAUCGUUUUUCAAAUUUCACCAUGUCGGCUGAUUUGGGAUAUCAAAACAAAUGCAAAAAAACUGGUUUCCUUAGCGUCAAUUAAUCUAUCGAUCAUAACUCCGCAUAGAAAAUUUAAUUAUCUGGUAAGUAUGAAAGUAACAUUUCCUAUUUAUUCAUCAUAGGUUCAUGUCCAGCUCCAAUGGCAGUCGGAGAGACGGCAAGCGGAAAGUCCACGUCACUGAUGCUUGUCAGAAAACUUCUUGGGGGUACCCUGAUAUCCCAGUCAUCGGGAGAAUCUGUGAUGUCCGAGCUUGUGAAGAGCUCAUUUCCGGUGUAUUGGGAUGACCCGGCCCAUCCAAACACUCUGAAGAAAGUGCUCGUUUCUACUUUCCAAGGGGGUGGAAAGCAAACAAAGGGUGGUGGCAACGAGUUACCACUGACAACGUUUGUAAUGACCGUCAACUUUACCUUGGAUGAGGACAUGAGGUUAUAUAUUUUGUUUUGCACGUGAGACUCAACACAGAGGUUAUUUAAUGAAACAUUUCCCUGUAGGGCUGUGAGCAACUCGGAAUGGCGUAAAUCCGUUCAUGUCAGUAUGAGUUUCCAGAAGCAUCCAAACACUAUGAGUAGUUCUCGGUAUUCUUCAACUUAAAUAUGCAAGUCAAAAAUGAAAAAACUGACACAAUUUAAUCACAUACAUUUCUACCGCAUAAAUCGGUCUUUCUCUCAAUGGACAGUUGAGAAGCAAUGUAACACUAUUAAUGAAAACAAACGUGAAAUAUAUUUUUCGUUCCCUCUCUUACAGUUUUGUCGAUAUUCAUGUUUGAUUCUGCCGCGUGAUGUUGUUAUUAAAAGGGUAGAUUGACAAUGUUACAAUGCUGUUGAUCUUUAGCUUUGGAGACCAUUGUCUUGACUUUUUGUAUAAAUCCUGAAACUGAAUUCAGUUAAGAGAUUUAACCGCAACAGGGGCUAAAAAGAAAUACCAGCCACACUUUAUUACAGAAGGUUUUCAGAGCAAAUCAUGUACCAGGUGUACUAAUUUCUUCCUAUUUUUUACAGAUCGUUCGAGAGGACAACGCCCAUUUUUUUUGAAAAAAUUUUAACGAAAUCCCGACAUUCGGCUGAUUUUAUGGAAGAGAAAGGCAACGUUUUCACGAAAGCCUCUUUACAUUGUCUUCCAUCGGUAAUCAGGAUGGGCCUCGGACUGACACAAGGCAGCCUCCAGGAUCACGUCACCUUUUUUAAAGAAAAACUGGUAGGCCUUCCUGGUCGCCUUCCCAGCAUCUAUAGCUGCUACAGAUACUUCGCCUGUGAGGUGAGUAUAUUAUUCCCGAAUACACCUUUUUGUAGGAAAUUAACGCUUCAUGAAAUUAAGGUAUUGGAGAUUAAGGCGACUUAAAUUAACGCGAAUUUAACAGACAACGACUGUGACGAGUUGUGGUUAACAUUUCAAAAUGAACAUAAUAGUUUACUUGUUACUUUCCAUUAAAAAUACGAAGGGGUUAAGCCAGUUCUCGGGUUAUUUACAGCACUGAUACUAGCAAGUCUGGGUGUCCACUCUGAAAAAAAAGCCAUUCUUUCAAAUAUAGAUGUCAAGAAAUUCAAAGUGUAUCGAGAAAGUUGAAUUUGGAACAAAAAGAAUGAAAAUUAAGGUAACAAGAAUUAACGCCGACUUAAAUUAACGCAAAACAAGAGAGGAUAAAGCUUUAUCCUCUCUUGCGCAAAAUAAUUGUUGCAAAUCAGUUUUGUCAUGUUAAGAUAAGUACUGCUCGUUCUGUUGCUACUUAGUAUCCAAAUACAAGCCGUGAUUUUUUUAUCACAUCUACACUCUACAGAUUGUCAGAGAGGUGGCAGAUGAUACGGUUAUCUCAGAAGUUGACGUAGACAACCACCUAAAAAGUCAACUGAUACCUUACGUGAUUAGUCAGUACGAACGAACAAAUGAAGUUCAUGCUACUGUUAACCAGUUAAUCGCUGAUUUCAUUACCGCUGUGGAGAAAACUAAAAGCAGAGACGAGGUAUUUCUCUAAUUCCUAGCUGGUCUAUUGGUAGACAAAGGAGAGUUAAGACACGAACUCCAAAAAGCAUAUGUAAUCGAAAGGUGACUGGUGAAAUUGGGAAAUUAUUGUUUUCACGCGCCUUUUGCCAAAGUUAUUUCCACUUUCGUGCCCAAAAAGGGGGCGGGGGUGUGUUGGUGGGAUAACAUUAUAUCUGACUUUUUCCAGAUACCAAUCAGAUACAGUGGAACCCAUCGGGUUAGUAGGGAAACCGACGGGACAUGCCACAGUGACUCAUAGUUCCUGUUAAAGCUGUAUAACUUCAAACAAAAUAUAAGUGGUUUCAUGACAAAAUGAAAAAGCACCAACAAUUUAGGGAAACGAGAUAUUAUAAUAACGUACUGCGCUGAAUUUCCAAAACCCUGGCCGCGCCUGUUCCAUUACAUUCAAGUUUAAGCGAUUUCCAACAAAAGUUCAUUUUGCAAUCUCAUUUUACAAGUCAUGCAACCCCAUUAAAUCAUUACAUAUCACUUAUGGAUAACGAUAGUUUAAACAAGAGAAAAAAUUCUUCCAAAAAUAUAAUAAAAUUCUUAGUAUAAAGGAAAAAAAAAGAGUUUAUUUCUUUAAUGCUCUUUUAUUCUUUUAUUUACUCUUCAUUUUCCCUUUUCAGGUCUGCGAAUGGCUUAAACCUUGCGUGAAAGUAAGGGGCUUAACAACAGGUGCUGCUAUCCACAUGCGCAAGGCAGACUUGGGCGACCUGCUAGUGAAGGCAGGCACACCUUAUUCUCACACUAACUUUUCACAAGCAUGCCGAAAAGUAGACGGUGCAAGCGUCGACUUUCGAAGUGACUUCGGAAAUGGCCAUAGGGAACUGUCAAUCAAGAUCUCUCGACAAGCUGUGGACAAAGAACAGCUUAAAACCAUUGAUAGCUGUAAGUUCAAUCCGAUCUCGUGGCAAGCAGAGUAUAAUAUUCCAACCUUCUUUUAGUGAUGAAACAUAAAAUGUCGAUAUUAUCUGGCAAUAAAACUUCAGUUUUGUUCGACAUGUACCACCAAAUGUACUUUGUCUUAUAAACUUUGUACGGCCCUUUUGAAUUUUCCAAAAUAACAAUAUUGUUUUGUUUAUUUUAUUUAUUAAAUUUUAUAGGGUUUAACAGACAGGACGCAAUGAUGCUCGACCCCGAAGUAGAUAGUGAAGACCACGAAGAAGAUAAUGAUGGAGGAGAGGGGACAUCGUCCUCGUCCACUGUUUGUAGCAACUGCGAAAAGUUACAAAUGCAGUUUAAAGAGGAACUAGCCUUCAACAGUGCCACACACGAGAAAGUUGUUUUGGCAUUGGAGAAGACGAUUGAAGAAGAGGGAGAAAAAUGCAGAAAGCUAUAG